AUGCAUCACAGACCGAACAAGUAUUUUGACGCACGGCAGAAUACUGCUCGUCAACAUCAAGGUGUGCCGCGAGCCGCUGAUCCACUUCAUCAAGAAGCAAGGUCCGCGGCGGAAGUAGAUUGGUUAGCAAAAAAGGCUCAGAGGACUCAUCAGCCUACAACCGCACAAUAUCGUCAACAACCGGAGAACUACCAACAGUCGGAAACAACGAAUUUCUGCAGGCUACCGGUCACCCAAAUAGGUCAUCAACGUAUUGUUGAGCACCCACCAACCAUGGGUUUAUCACCAACCAUGGGUUUACCCACCGCAAGAAUCGCUGACACUCCGGGCACGGCUAACGGUCUCGCGGAAGGUUUGAGGUUUCUGAGUAAGUAUUUAGAUAAGAUUCCGCAGCAGGAGCUCAUGGCGGCGUUGAAUAUUAACAACUGCCAGCUGAAGGCCGCUAUGGAAUACCUGCUGGACCAGUUAUGCGCAAAACACUCAAUGAGCAAUACUUCAAUGAUGUUGCAGCAACAGGCUGCAUCGGUCAGUCUGGUGCAUGAGGUAACUGCGAGUCAACCUUUCAUAGAACACAAUGUAACGGAGAUGGAUAAUCGUCUUGUUAGCCCUAGUUACGAGCCACAGCGUCCUGCCACCCAUGUGAGUAUCUAUCCGACCGAGUUGGCGGCGACUGGACGCCGAAAAGCGUUGCUGAUAGGUUGCAAUUACAUCGGAACGAGUAACCAGUUGAACGGCUGCAUCUCUGACGUGAACAGAAUGAAGAAAGUUCUAUGCAAUGUUUACGGCUUUCCAGACUCGUCAUCGUUCGUCACAACACUGACGGAUGACCCAAAUGGAGACCGAAGAUUAAUGCCGUCCAAAGCGAACAUUAUUGGUGCGCUUCAGUGGCUUGUCAAAGAUGCCCGACCAGGAGACGUUCUGUUUUUCCAAUUUAGUGGUCAUGGCAGUAAUCAAAGGAAUUUAAGCAAUACUGAAGCUGAUGGUUAUGAUGAGACUAUAUUGCCAUUAGAUUAUAAACGAGCCGGAGUUAUUACGGAUGAUGAUCUUAAUCGAUAUUUAAUUGCUCCACUUUGCUCGGGGGUCAAAUUAGUGUGUGUUAUGGAUUGCUGCCAUAGUGGAAGUGGUCUUGAUCUUCCAUUUUUCUGGAAUCGAGGACGUUGGCAGGAGGAAUCCUAUCCCAAACAUACUGAGGGGGAUGUUAUGUUAAUAUCAUCAUGUCAAGACUCUGAAACAGCAGCCGAUGUUAUGGUACCAGGAUGGGGUAGUGGUGGUGCUGUUUCUAUCGGGAUUAUAACGGCUUUAAUGGAUUCAGAUAACCCUCAUGAUAUGACGGUCGAUCAACUGAUGUCUAAGUUGGGGCAAUUUCUCAACGAUCGAAAAUUCAAACAAAAUCCACAACUAUCUUCUAGCCAGAAAUUCAAUCCUGUCACAAGAUCAUUCGAUUUCCAGCAUAUCAUUGAUAACAUGAACCCAGUGAUUGGAGGAGAUAAUCGUCGGCCGGUCGGUCGAAACAGACGAAGAUACCAGUAUCAAAACUGA